AUGCAGCAUCUUCCAGGUCAGGACGGCGAAACAUAUAAAGUUCCCCUGAUUGGCGAUGCUAAUGUUGGAAAGACUAGUAUAGUCGGAAGAUUUACCUCCGAAAGGUUUACAGGAAAUACGACACCCACAGUUGGCGUCUCAACAGCUCAAGUUACAAUAAAAAAUAAGGAUCGAGAUGUUAAACUUACUAUAUGGGAUACAGCUGGACAAGAAAAAUUCAGAUCUCUCGUUCCGCUUUACACUCGCCAUGCAUCACUCCUUAUUUUAGUUUUCGAUAUUACUAAUGAAGAAUCCUUCAAUGGUUGCGAGGAUUGGGUAACCAAAGUUCGCGGAGAUAUGGGAAUUAAAUGCCCCAUAUUCUUAUGUGCGAAUAAAAUUGAUUUAAAUGCAUGUGUAACUAGAGAACAAAUAGAUGAAUGGGGAAGGGAGCAUGAUUGUCAAGUAUUUUAUACUUCUGCUCAAACAGGUACUGGCAUUGACGAAUUAUUUAACGCUGUAGGAGCAAAACUCGGAAAUGCUGUUCAAAAAUCACAGUUUGGUCCAUCACCAAACUUAACCAAAGCUAACACAAGGAAAGGCUGCUGCUAG